CAUUCCAUCACUGCAGUUCAAAGUGGUCAGACCACAGGAGAAAAUCCUCAGCCAAGCCACCUAAUAAACAUUCCAUCACUGCAGUUCAGAGCGGUCAGACCACAGGAGAAAAUUCCUCACCCAAGCCACUUAACAAACAUUCCAUCACUGCAGUUCAAAGUGGUCAGACCACAGGAGAAAAUUCCUCACCCAAGCCACCUAAUAAACAUUCCAUCACUGCAGUUCAAAGUGGUCAGACCAAAGGAAAAAAUACCUUACCCAAGCCACCAAACAAACAGUUCAUCACUGCAGUUCAAAGUGGUCAGAAAACUGCCCUAGUGUCAAACACAGGAAAAAAGGACAUGUUCAAGUCAUUUGAUACAAUGUCUUUGAAUGGAGUUGAGAAUGCUCAGAUCACCAGUUCUGCGAUCUCUAACGCAGGAAAAGAGGGUCUAAAUUGUGAAAGGAUGUCACACACAAAUGUGAGUAAAAUUGAGCACAUAAUUGUGGUAGGUUCAAAAAAUGUGUGUGCAUGCAUUGAGAGUAUACAGAAUCAAUUUCCAAUAACAUUUAUUCAUGAAAAUGUUGACUUUAGUGAAGAAUGUAUCAAGAGGUUUGCUGCAUAUCAAGAAAAUGUGCCAUUUCGUACAGCAUGGAUCAUCUUGACAGACAUUUUAUUAUUGACAAAGCAAUCUAGCUCAGACACUCCUUGCAGUAAUGCUCGGUGUCAAAAUCCAUUUGAAUAUGACAUAUUAAAAACUGAUGUCAAUUUUCCUUUUAUGGUCCAAAAAGUAAUAAUUGAGAGAAUGGUUGAUGAAGUAUUAGCUAAUAUUAUAAGCUUUGCAAUGAACCUUAUAAAAGAAUUAACACCAGGGUCGUUUGUGUACUUUACACCAAUUGCCCCACUUCGUGGAAUGAUCAUCCCACCAACCACACAACAUGAUCGCAUCCAUGCUUUGAAAAAGCUUGGGCCAGAUGUACGAUUACUAAAAGGCACUUAUCUUUGUUGGAUACGAUGCGCUAGAAACUUCAGCAAAAUGUGGAAAAAGUUUAUGUUAGAAAAUACUUCCACAAGUGUAGUCCAUGAUCUACUUGUGAAAUACUACUUCAAUAAAAGUGUAUGCUGCCUAGUUCCUGUCUACGAUGAGAAUACUAUUAAAGGGAACUCUAUCCAAGAAACUCGCUGGAGAUUUGUAGUUAAAGAAAUGAUACAGAAAAUAGCAUUAUCAAAAGGUGAGUAUCCCAAUUCAUCUUUGGGGCCGUUUGCUCUGCGCUUUAACCCAAAGAAAUCUGAAGCUGCUUCUGAGAAAGGAGUGCCUAGCGCAAGGCAGCCGCAAGCAAAAGCAACUGAUAAAGCUAAAGUAGAAAAGACUGCUGGCUCUGUGCUACGUCCUGCAAGUGAUGUUCCUGUGACCAGUUUAUCAGAGAAAGCUAACAGGGCAACCAAAGCACCUCAAGAUUUAUCCCCUCUGAGCACUGAUGGUCCACCAAGUACAGCAUCAACCACAUUAGGUGGCAGUCCUGGGAAUGUUAGUACAUCUAUGAACUCUUCUCUGCUUAAGAAACAGCAGCUGUUAAUAGCUUAA